UGGAAUGUGGUGGUGUGGUUUUUGUUAUCAUUUUGUGAGGGCUAAUAGUUGGCAGGGUCAUUUUCCUUUUCCUUUCGUAGGUAGGCUGUGAAUGGCCUCACACUCCAGUACAGUAGGUGACGGUGUAUGUACCUAAAAGUUGGAUGCGAUCUGCAAACCAAAUCCUAAAGAAGAAAACGUGACGUCAUUGUUAUGCGACCAGUGGAGAAAUGGCGAGCAGCAAAAAUAGUGUACUUCUCUCUUCUUUGGCGGAGUAUGGCGACGACUCUGAGCCAGAUUCCAACCCAGAAACCGAAGAAACAGAGAGCCAUGGAGUAGGUCUGGUGUCAGCUGCCUAUGGGGUGGACGACAUUAGCCGGAUUGAGGAUGGCGACGACAAGGCAUCUGGAGACGAGGACAGCGGGGAGAGCUCCCGUAACUCUGAAAUGGAUGAGUCAGAUGAGGGGGGAGACACCGAUGAUUAUAAGGAGAUCCCAGAGGCAGAGAGGAGAGACCCCAAUGAGCUGGUCGCUCUGUUCUCAGAGAAAGUGAGGAACAUGUCACCUGACAAGAUCCGGAUCCCCCCUGAACCACCAGGACGCUGCUCCAGUCACCUACAGGUGAAGAUCCAGAAGCUGUAUGAGAAGAAUCUACAUGGAGACUUAGACACAAACAACCACAUUCAGAGGAAGAAAGAGUUCAGGAAUCCCAGUAUCUAUGAGAAACUCAUUCAGUUCUGUGGCAUAGAUGAACUGGGAACCAACUACCCUAAAGACAUGUUUGAUCCUCACGGCUGGCCAGAGGACUCUUACUAUGAGGCACUGGCCAAAGCUCAGAAAGUAGAGAUGGAUAAACUGGAGAAAGCCAAGAAGGACAAGACGAAGAUUGAGUUUGUGACGGCCACUAAGAAGGGCAGCAACCCCACCAACGCAGCAGUUCCCACAACCAAUACGGCUGCUAGUACCGUGACAGAAGCUCAGAAGAGGAAGAGUAAAGACCACUGUAAUCUCUGCCGAUGGGACUCUGCGAGUGCCCGUGACCCUGGCCCAUGGAUGGAGCCCGCCCUGCUGGAUGGACUGGAUGACGGAUAG